AUGAAUCCCACGAACAGUACCUUGCUCUUUACAUGUAUUUAUUUCCUGAUAUGGCAUAAAAAGGGCAAACGACUAUGGUUUCUCAAGAAGACAAGCAGCAACAAUGAAAAGAAUUAUGAGGCCAUGAUAGUAUCUUAUGGAUCCCUAGCGCCAAAAAGAUACAUGUACUCAAAGGUAAUGAAGAUAACGUCUUCUCGCAGUGAUCAGCUUGGAAGAGGUGGUUAUGGUGUAGUUUACAAAGGAAGACUACAUGAUGGUCGUUUGGUUGCUGUAAAAUUCUUGCAUGACUGCAAAGGAAAUGGAAAUGAGUUUGUGAAUGAGGUUAUGAGCAUUGGUAGAACCUCUCAUAUUAAUAUUGUUAGCUUAUUUGGGUUUUGUUUGGAGGGAUCAAAACGAGCUCUUAUAUAUGAGUACAUGUCCAACGGUUCCUUGGAUAAGUACAUAUACUCAGGGAACCCAAAAGAAACUUUAGGAUGGGAGAGGCUCUAUGCGAUAGCAAUUGGGAUUGCUCGUGGCCUAGACUACUUGCACCAUGGCUGUAAUUCUCGGAUUGUUCAUUUCGAUAUCAAGCCUCAGAAUAUCCUUCUAGACAAGGAUUUUACCCCAAAGAUUGCUGAUUUUGGUCUAGCUAAAUUGUGUCAUGCAAAUGAGAGCAAGCUUUCGAUGACUGGUCCUAGAGGAACAAUUGGAUUCAUCGCUCCGGAAGUUCACUAUCGAAACUUCGGUGCGGUUUCAACAAAGUCAGAUGUUUAUAGUUAUGGAAUGAUGUUGUUAGAGAUGGUUGGGGGAAGGAAAAAUGUGAACUCAAUGGCAAAAAGUUCCAGCGAACAAUAUUUUGCAGACUGGAUUUAUGACCACUUCGCAGCAGAUGAUGGAUUGCAAGCAUGUGAUGUCACAAGAGAAAUUGAGGAAAUGGGAAAAAAGAUGACCUUCAUUGGCUUGUGGUGCAUACAGAUACUACCCAUUUAUCGCCCUACAAUAGCCAAAGUUCUAGAAAUGUUCGAGAGAAGCUUAGAUGAAAUGGAGAUGCCACCAAAGCAAAACUUUUGUGAACUACUUGAAGAUUCAGCUCAGAAUAUGAGCGUACAAAGUGCAAGUUCUACCAUUCCUGAAGACAUAAGCCUUGUGAAUUCAAAAAGCCUUGAAGAGUUACCAAGUCAUUGAGAAGGUUGGCUCUAUGUACUAGAUU